CUGUACUUAAAUUUAACAGCUGACAGCUAUUCAACCUAAUCCAUUACAUAACUUUCUAUCAAAGUUAUCUGACAUUAUCAAGAUGAAUUUGUUCUGACACAGUUUUCAUUUUCUAUAAGAUAAGAUAUAGCAAAUAAUAUGGGAAAUGUUGAAAGUGUUUGAAUAAAUUUUGGUUUGACUGUACGUAGCAUUAUGAAUAUAGCUUAUCAAUAGGCUUGACGCAUGUUGAUCUAUACGAUUAACCUAAAAAGAGAAAGACUAAAAUUUGCCCUCCAAAGUAGUGAGUAUCAAAGUCUGUAUGAUUUUUAUGUAAGUGGUGUAUGAUGUCCGGGUACAGAAGGGGUCAUGGAGCCACUAAUCUCUCUGGUCAAGUUCUUAACAGAUUUAGCACAGACAUGACAGCAGUUCCCACAGUCUCAAAACGUGAUUCAGAUGUCAAAGCAAACCCUCAAGCCAAUUGAGCAUCAACAGAUCAUGAUGACAGUGUUCGCCAUCAUUCAAUCUUUUUCUGCCACCGGCUUAAAUAUUAUUAUCCUGUAAGUGUGCUUGUGAUAGAUAGGGGAAUAAGGGGUAAAAUGGUAGCAGGUGAAGGUUCGAAGAAAUCCUCUGCUAUGGGCAUGGAGGGUGGGUGAGUGUGUGUAAGGGCAGGGGGUGGAAAGUGAGGCUCGGGUUACCCUCAGGCGCAAAUCAAGGGAGAGAACAGGCUGUGUGUAUGCAUGUGUUAUAUGGGGGUAUGUUACCUCCCAAAAAAGCCACCAGUGUCUUCCACACGUGGAAGAGAGUGGGAGAGAUCCGUGUGUCAGUUAUUCAUUAUCCGAGAACAUGGGAAAAGGGUACGGACAUGAAGGCAGCCCUGAGGCUGCUCCAGCGGGAGAAAAGAGAAAGAAGAAAGAGAAGGAUUUAAAUGAGCUGAAGAAAGAGGUGUCGCUGGAUGAUCAUAAACUGUCUCUAGAUGAGAUUAGCGCUCGCUAUGGAGUUGACCUCACCACAGGUUUGACCCAAAAGAGAGCGAUGGAAAUUCUGGCACGCGAUGGUCCGAAUACACUUACUCCGCCGCCUACCACACCAGAGUGGGUGAAGUUCUGUAAGCAGCUGUUUGGCGGUUUCUCUAUCCUGCUGUGGAUCGGUGCCAUCCUGUGCUUUCUUGCGUACAGUAUUCAAGCGGCCACCGCGGAUGAACCCGUCAAUGACAACUUGUAUCUGGGUGUGGUGCUUUCCGCUGUGGUCAUCGUCACUGGCUGCUUUUCCUAUUAUCAAGAAGCCAAAAGUUCCCGGAUCAUGGAGUCUUUUAAAAACAUGGUGCCUCAGCAAGCUAUGGUGAUCCGUGAUGGAGCGAAACUUGAGAUCAAUGCAGAGGAGGUGGUUCAGGGAGACCUGGUGGAGAUCAAGGGUGGAGACAGAAUCCCAGCAGACCUUCGGAUCAUCUCCUCCAGCGGAUGCAAGGUGGAUAACUCCUCUCUCACGGGAGAAUCAGAACCUCAGACCCGCUCUCCACAAAGCACACAUGAAAAUCCCCUGGAGACCAGAAACAUCUGCUUCUUCUCCACCAACUGUGUGGAAGGUACAGCCCAUGGUAUAGUCAUCAACACAGGCGAUCACACAGUGAUGGGCCGCAUUGCGUCUUUAGCCUCAGGUCUGGAAGUGGGUCAGACCCCCAUCAACAGGGAGAUCGAGCACUUCAUUCACAUCAUCACGGGCGUGGCCAUCUUCCUAGGCGUGUCAUUCUUCAUCCUGUCUAUCAUCCUGGGCUACAGCUGGUUGGAGGCCGUCAUUUUUCUUAUCGGCAUCAUCGUUGCCAAUGUCCCUGAAGGGCUGCUCGCCACUGUUACUGUGUGUUUGACUCUAACAGCCAAGCGUAUGGCUCGUAAGAACUGCCUGGUGAAGAAUCUUGAAGCCGUUGAGACUCUGGGUUCCACAUCCACCAUCUGCUCCGAUAAAACUGGAACUCUGACUCAGAACCGCAUGACUGUUGCUCACAUGUGGUUCGACAACCAGAUCCUUGAGGCUGAUACUACUGAGGACCAAUCAGGCUGUGGGUUCGAUAAAAGCUCUCCAACUUGGUUCUCCCUAUCCCGAGUGGCAGGGCUCUGUAACCGUGCUAUCUUCAAACCUGGACAAGACGACAUACCUGUUCGCAAGAGGGACACAUCAGGUGACGCAUCAGAAUCUGCUCUACUAAAGUGUGUUGAGCUCUCAUCCGGCAGUGUUGAAACACUCAGACAAAACAACCCUAAAGUAGCGGAAAUCCCGUUCAACUCAACCAACAAAUACCAGCUGUCUGUUCAUGAGUCGGAGGACAGUCCCACUGGGCAUCUGCUUGUGAUGAAGGGAGCACCGGAGAGAAUUCUGGACAUGUGCAGUACCAUCAUGAUCAGUGGUCAAGAAUUACCACUGGACGACAACUUGAAAGACGCAUUUCAAGGAGCCUACAUUGAGUUGGGUGGACUGGGCGAGAGAGUUCUGGGUUUCUGUCACCUAUAUCUUUCGACCUCUCAGUUUCCAAGUGGAUUUGCGUUUGAUACUGAUAAUGUGAAUUUCCCCAUCAAUCAGCUCUGUUUUCUGGGCUUAAUGUCUAUGAUCGAUCCUCCCCGAGCCGCAGUACCAGACGCUGUGGGCAAAUGCCGCUCUGCUGGCAUUAAGGUUAUCAUGGUAACGGGUGACCAUCCCAUAACAGCCAAGGCCAUCGCUAAAGGUGUCGGCAUCAUCUCGGAGGGCAAUGAGACGGUGGAAGAUAUUGCAGAGAGACUUAAUAUACCUCUGAGCCAAGUCAACCCACGAGACGCUAAGGCUUGUGUGGUUCAUGGUUCAGACCUGAAGGACAUGAGCUCUGAAUAUCUGGACGAUGUUCUGAGGCACCACACGGAGAUUGUGUUUGCCCGCACUUCACCUCAACAAAAACUCAUAAUCGUGGAGGGCUGCCAGAGACAGGGUGCUAUAGUGGCAGUGACAGGUGAUGGGGUGAAUGACUCUCCCGCUUUGAAGAAGGCUGACAUUGGUGUUGCCAUGGGAAUCGCGGGCUCAGACGUCUCCAAGCAGGCUGCUGACAUGAUCCUGCUGGACGACAACUUUGCCUCAAUUGUUACUGGAGUGGAGGAAGGUCGCCUGAUUUUUGAUAACCUGAAAAAGUCAAUUGCGUACACACUUACCAGUAACAUCCCUGAGAUCACACCCUUCCUGCUCUUCAUCAUCGCCAGCGUGCCGUUGCCCCUGGGCACCGUCACCAUCCUCUGCAUCGACCUGGGCACUGACAUGGUUCCUGCAAUCUCUCUGGCAUACGAGUCUGCAGAGAGUGAUAUUAUGAAGCGUCAGCCCCGAAACCCUAAAACUGACAAACUGGUGAAUGAGAGGCUCAUCAGCAUGGCUUACGGGCAAAUCGGUAUGAUCCAGGCACUUGGAGGUUUCUUUACCUAUUUUGUGAUCAUGGCUGAGAAUGGUUUCUUGCCCUCAUGGCUGUUGGGGAUUCGGCUGGACUGGGAUGAUCGUACAGUGAACGACCUAGAAGAUGCCUAUGGACAGCAAUGGACUUACGAGCAGCGCAAGGUCAUUGAGUUCACCUGUCACACCUCAUUCUUCAUCAGCAUUGUCGUGGUGCAGUGGGCUGACCUCAUCAUCUGCAAGACGCGAAGGAACUCCGUCUUCCAGCAGGGCAUGACGAAUAGGAUUCUCCUUUUUGGCCUGUUUACAGAGACAGCUCUGGCAGCCUUCCUGUCCUAUUGUCCUGGUAUGGACAUUGCCCUUAGGAUGUACCCACUCAAGAUUAUGUGGUGGUUCUGUGCUUUCCCGUACAGUCUCCUAAUCUUUGUGUAUGACGAGAUCCGUAAAUUAAUCCUGCGCCGAAAUCCUGGAGGUUGGGUGGAAAAAGAGACCUACUAUUAACAAGCAAAUAAUGUGCAAUCUCUCCCUCUCUCUCUCUCUCUCUCUAUGUAUGUGUGAUGUUACAUCCAUAGACAUAUGUUUACAAUAUGUAUUUUCUGAAUGUCACUAUUUGUUAUAAUUUGAUUUACAACCAAAAGUCUUCUGCAUAUUUAAAUUUCAACUUUUUUGCUGUGAAUUUACCGCCUUUCUUUUGCUAUUUGUUCUUUUUUUCAAGUUUGCUCUUUGUGUGUGAAAUGUAGUACAACUUUGGUUCAAAUUACAGUGCCCUCCACUAUUAUUGGCACCCUUGGUAAAUAGCAGUGUUGGGAAUAUCGCAUUACAAAAGUAACGAUAUUACAGUAAUAUAUUAGUUUUUGCUGUAACGCAGUAAUAUAACGCAUUACUAAUAAAAUGUGGGUAAUAUUAUACCCGUUACAAUCUCAGUAACGCACGUUACCACCAACGUAUUUACCACCUGAAAUUCUUACCAACACAUUCCAUUCCCAAAAAUAUAUUUUACCAUAUAUUUAACUCGAGUAUUUAAACACGUCAGAAAACCCCGACUGUGGGCACUCGACAACGCAUUGUCCGCCUUAAGUUUAGAGCUUGUUAAUCGACAUCACGCCAUGUUGAAUGUUGCGCUAUCUUGGGAGGAUGGCUGCUAGUGCGUUCAAUGCAGUGUUUUGUUUUUCUAGUUUAAUUAGGAAAUAUAACUAUGGUAGGUCGGUCUUGCUGUGUUAAAAACUGCAAUAGCAUUACGCAGAGUUGCUCAGGAAAAGCCCAUGGUUCUUUCACUUUCGAUUUCUCCAUAUAUCAAACAAAACAAGUAACGGUACAUAUCAAAACAAUAAUAGCAGUGUUUCCUCCCAAGAUGGCAGUGCCACAGCAACAUGCAACAUAGGGCGUGACGUCAGCUUCACAUUCUCUAUUGUCAAACUAGUAUUAGUUUUGCAGAAAGUUUGUUUAAUUAACAUUUUUUUAUAUUGCGGUAGUCCAUGUAUAUUACCUGAUACAGACAUUGACACUCGAAUACUAAAGUAUUAAUUCCUGCAGUGCAUUGUUUUCACUGGCAUUGUAGACAGGCAUUGUAGGGGCAGUUGUGGCCUAAUGGUUAGAGAGUUGGACUCGUGACCAGAAGGUUGCCGGUUCGAUUCCCAGGGCCGGCGGGUAACAACUGAGGUGCCCUUGAGCAAGGCACCUUACCCUUACUUGCUCCCCGGGCGCUGCAGUGAUAGCUGCCCACUGCUCCGGGGGUACGUGUGUUCACUACUCUCUGGAUGGGUUAAAUGCAGAGGUCACAUUUCGUUGCCUUGUACCUUCGUACAUGUGCAAUGACAAUAAAAUUGAAUCUAAAUCUAAAUCUAGACAGGCAUACGGUUAUAGCCUACAGGUAUUUGCCGAUUGGUUGAUGCGGUGUUUGUCCUGCCCCUCCUGAUUGGAUGGCCGAGUAAAAAGUGACAUUGAUGAGCACAAUCAUUAUGCAUUAACACUUCGCCCUCCACUGGAUGUACAAUGAGCAAUACUCUAUAUUUUAACGUUUUCGAAUGCAUACUCUGCUGAAAAAGCGAUAGAAACCAUCACAUAAAUUUUACUGAAUUUAAUAGUUAUGAUGGGAAUUUUAUCGGUUGUAAUGGAAACAAAAGUCUCUACUGGUAUGUGUUGGGUUCUGUUGACGAGGCCAUUAAUCAUACUCAAAUAAUGUCCAAAACACACUACAAAAAAGGUAUUUAAUGAAACCUAAUGGUUUCCAAUAGAGUUAUAAUGGAAACCAUUAGAAUUUCUGUGGUGGGUUUUUUCAGCAGGGUAGUCAUACUUUUGUGGUUAUUUUGGUUAAAGUAACUCAGAAGUAACGCAAACGUAUUGUAGGGUAGUGUGGUGUAACAUUACAAUUCAAAGACAGUAAUGUUGUAUCAUAACUAAUUACUUUUAAAUGACAGUAACUAGUCAUAUAUAAUUUAUUACAUUUUGGAGGUAACUUUCCCAACACUGAAUAUGAGCAAAGAAGGCUAUCACAAUGGGUAAAACCAAAGAAUAUAGUUCUGAUGUGCAGUAAAAGAUUGUUGAGCUACACAAAAAAGAAAGUGGGUUUUAAAAGGAAAUGGUUGAAACAAUAAACAUUCCCAUUUCCAACAUCAGGGCAAUAUUUAAGAAAUUUUAAUGGACUGGAGAUGUCGCAAAUCUGCCUGAAAGAGAAUGUGUGUCUAUAUUGCCUUAAUGCACAGCAAAGAGAAUAUUUUGAGUGGUCAAAGACUUUUCAAACAUCACAGAUAGAGAAUUGCAGAAAUUAGUUGAAUUUUAGUGUCAGAAAAAAUUGAAUACAAACAAACGAAAACUGCACCUCCAUCACCACAAGUUGUUUGGGACAUUGUUCAAGAAACAAAUCUGCUCUCUUGCAAAAAUAAACUCCACCAUAUUAAUCUGCCAUACUGCUUAAGUUUAUUAAGUUCAUGAACUGAAUUCAACCAGGACUGGGGUCUAUGGCCAUAUGAAAUGAAAAAGAGGGUUUUUUUGCAGCAAUAACACAAGAUAGUUUGGUCUUGUUUUGUGCACACAUAAAAAAGUGUUAAAUAUACCACCAGAUCUUCAUUGUUGUGAACCUGUUUUUAUACCAGAGGUUCUGGACAUCUUGAUCAGAUACAUGGCAUCGUGUAUUAUAUCAAACCAGCAGAUAUAAAAUCAGAAAUAUUAUAAUGGGUCGUGGUUAGAUCUUCCAUCAGCACAUUGGUUCAAAACAAACAUCCUAAUCAACAAAAAAUGGGUCACUGAACACAAAAUCAAGAUCCUGCCAUAGCCGUUCCCUGACCUGAACCCUACAGAACAUGAUUGGGAUGAACUGAAAAAGAGGGAGCACCAACAUUUGAAGGAUGUGGAGAAAUUCUUUAUGGAGGAAUGACUUGUGUGACUCUCAAUGUAUUCUCAAACCUCAUCAGACUGAAAAGAAAACCCUCUGGGCUGUUUUUCUUAUAAAUUGAGGUUGCGGAGUGAAUUAAAUACAAGGAAGCCAAUAAUUGUGGCCAACAUGUAUGGAAGAAAAAAACAUUUUUACAAUGUGAUAUUCCCCCUACUUCACAUUGUUUUCAUUCAAUCAAAUGCUGUAAUUUGGAAGAUUUUUUAAAUAAAAGAUCAAAAGGAGAAACAAUGCAGAUUUAUUUUUACAGCAUGCCUUUGCUCAUAUUUACCAAGGGUGCCAAGAAUAGGAGGGCACUGUAUAUUUGUUAGUUUAUAUGCCUUGUAAGCUUUGAUUCAUACUUUUUGGUUUACUUAAUCCUUAUUAAAAUUUUAUCGCAGUGUUACUAAACUUUCUACUGAACUACUACAAUUUAAAGCCUCUUAUUUUGUCAUCUUGUUUAAUACAAAACAAAUUACCUAUAAAGUUGCAUAAAUACCUCAAUAAUAAUAAUUUGUUACAUUUAUAUAGCGCUUUUCUGGACACUCAAAGCUCUUUACAUUGAAGGGGGAAUCUCCUCAACCACCAAUAUGCAGCAUCCACCUGGAUGAUGUGACGGCAGCCAUAUUGCACCAGAACGCCCACCACACACCAGUUUAUUGGUGGAGAGGAGACAGAGUUAUGAAGCCAAUUUGUACAUAUGGGGAUGAUUAGGAGGCCAUGACGUAUAGAGGCGAAUUUGGCCAGGAUGCCGGGGUUACAUCCCUACUCUUAUUCGAAGGACAUCCUGGGAUUUUUAAUGACCCGAGAGAGUCAGGAGCGCGGUUUAACGUCUCAUCCAAAGGACUUCUGCUUCUGACUGUUGACUGACAUGCUUUGUCUAUAUUCACUUUGUGAAACCCUUUAUAAAAUGUUGUCUUAUUUCCUAAUUUGUGGUU